GUCACACACUCGCUCCCUCACGGGGUUCACUGGUCAAAACCAGCAACGUCAACUAACGCUAAGAAUGUUCUUAGUGGAGCGUGUUUACACCAGAUUAGUCCUCGUUUAAACCCAGCUACUGGACUCAGCGACACUGUUUAUGAGUCAAAGAGGCCACACAGCCUCAACAUUAUCCUCAAUAACCAGGGUUUAUUGACAACUUAUUGAAUUAUGUCAUAACAUGUGUAUAGCUCAGCCAAAACAUCCCAGACAGUUGACCUAGCUGAAGAAGAGGACAUGUUUAAGAUGAAUAGGAAGCUUUGAGUUGGCUGUCAAGUCAUUUUUGAGGACAUUAUAAAAUGUAUUAUUCUAAUUAUAAUAAUUUUUGUUCGUAGUUUUUUUUCUUCUUAUAAAAUUAUUGGAUUCUGUUCACAACUUAGGUCUCAAAAACCCUUCAAAUAAAAAAAAAGCACCUUUUGGUUUAGUAAUUUCUACCUGGGAUGACGACAUGAAACAUGUGACAAGUACACAUUGAUUCCUUUUAAGGGGUCACAAGUCAGUAAGGGUUGGGAAAUGAACCACGCUGUCAACUGAACACGUUCUUAUCAUGAAAUAUUAAGUGGGAUUUAUGUGAUGAUUUAAAAUAAGAAACAACCAUGAGAUAUUUCCUGUUCUGCUCAUUUUAUUGUAAAGCACCUGAGAACCUGCUCAGUUUGACCCAACAUUCAAAGGGCCCAUGAAGAAAAGGGGAUGCACUGAUAUCAUCUGCUGUGUCCUGUUUAUGGCCGUCAUCCUCGGCUACAUAGCAGUCGGGAUUUUAGCUUGGCUCUUUGGAGAUCCAAGACAUGUUCUUUAUCCAAGAAACUCAACCGGAUGGUUCUGUGGCAUUGAACCAAAUGAAGGCCGACCCAACCUGUUCUACUUUGACAUUCUCAAAUGUGCCACAUCUGUUAACGUCAUGGCAACUGCCCUCAAUGGCCUGCAAUGUCCAACCACACAGGUGUGCGUGGACAACUGUCCCGAUCAGUUUUGGGCUGUGAGAUUUCAGUCGUAUUUAAUUAACGUAAAACCAGCAGACGUGUUCAAUCAAAGCCUCUGCGUGCCAUCCAUAGACCUGGAAACAACUACGAAGACUGUUAAAGAAAUUGUGGACAUGGAGCUGUGUCCUUUCUUCUACAUGCCCACGACCUCUGUGCUGGGUAGAUGUUUACCCAACAUCCCAGCACUGGGGAAGAUCCCUUCAGACUUUGCCAAUAUUCCCGGAUUACCCUCCUCAGUCAAUGACACAGUCAACCAAAUCAGGAAUGGCACUGGGGACAUUGUGAAUGGCUUCAAUGCCAGGGAGAUUGGCGUGCGCAUCUUUGAGGAUUUUGCUACGUCAUGGCCGUGGAUCCUCGUUGGUCUGCUCAUAGCCAUGGUGGUCAGUAUGCUGUUCCUGUUGCUGUUGAGAUUCACUGCUCCAGUGAUGGUGUGGGUGCUCAUCAUAGGAGUCCUGGGUGCUGGGGCAUAUGGUAUAUGGCACUGCUACUGGGAAUAUGAUAACUACAAGCAAUUGUCUGCCACCAUCACGGACAUCGGUUUCACCACCAACUUAAACGUUUACCUGCAAGUCCAAGAGACCUGGCUGGCCUUCUUGAUCAUCAUAUCUGUGGCGGAGGCGAUCAUUCUCCUGACCAUCAUCUUCUUGCGGACAAGGAUCCUCAUAGCCAUCGCCCUAAUCCAGGAGUCAAGCAAAGCAAUCAGUCACAUGAUGUCCUCUAUGCUGUACCCUCUGGUCACCUUUGUUCUCCUGCUGGUGUGUGUCGCUUACUGGGGCGCCACUGCUUUAUAUUUGGCCACUUCGGGAGGCCCAAUCUACAAAGUGGUGGCUCUAAACUCCACGGUUGACGACUGCAGCAGUAUCAAUGGCACUGUGGACUGUGACCCUCAGGGCUUCAACUCAUCUGACUACCCAGGCUGCCCCUUAGCCAGCUGCAUCUUCAUCAAAUACAACGACGAGGGUCUGUUCCAGAGGAACCUCUUCAACCUGCAGAUAUACAACGCCGUGGCUUUCCUCUGGUGUGUCAACUUCGUCAUCGCCUUGGGGCAGUGUACGCUGGCGGGUGCCUUUGCCUCCUACUACUGGGCCUUCACCAAACCAGACGACAUCCCCAUGUUUCCCCUGAGCGCUAGCUUUAUACGCUCACUCAGGUACCAUGUGGGCUCCUUGGCAUUUGGUGCUUUGAUCCUGACCCUCGUGCAGAUAGCCAGGAUGAUUCUGGAGUACAUUGACCACAAAACGAGAGCGGCGCAGAAUCCAUGUGCACGUUUCAUCUUGUGCUGCAUGAAGUGCUGCCUCUGGUGUCUGGAGAAGUUCAUCAAGUUCCUCAACAGGAACGCGUACAUCAUGAUUGCAAUUUAUGGGAAAAACUUCUGCGUCUCGGCCAAAAAUGCUUUCCUGCUGCUCAUGAGAAAUGUAGUGAGGGUCGUGGUGCUCGAUAAAGUGACGGACCUGCUGCUCUUCUUUGGGAAGCUCCUGGUGGUCGCAGGAGUAGGCAUAUUGUCCUUCUUCUUCUUCUCUGGACGGAUAUUGUUACCAGGCCACACCUUCCGCUCUGAAACCCUCAACUACUACUGGAUGCCAAUUAUUACGGUGGUGUUUGGCAGCUACCUCAUAGCUCAUGGAUUCUUCAGUGUGUACAACAUGUGUGUGGACACACUCUUCCUCUGCUUCUUGGAGGACUUGGAGCGUAACGAUGGAUCUCUGCAGAAGCCGUACUUUAUGUCCAAAAACCUCAUGAAGAUCCUCAACAAAUCCAACAAAGCACAAAAGAAGGUUAAAGGGGAGGACUGAAGAUCGGUUUACGCCCUAAACACUGUCGUUUUAUUCAGAAUGUCUACAUUUACAUCCUUUUUCGACCCUUUUAACACUCGACCAAAAUUGAUUAGCAAAUUUUGCACUUUUGAAUUAUCGUUUUAUUUUGUAUGUGCAUUUGUAUUACUGGCUGUACACAUUAAAUAAUUAAUGUGAAUGUAGGUCAUGUGACAUUUUAAGUUGCAAGGUGUCUUGCAUGACUUUUUAUUUGUUAAAAUGUUUUUGAUUUGGCAUUUUAUCUUUUGAUUUAACUGAAAGUCCUACAAUAUUUCUUCUGUUAUUUUAAACAAUAUUUGUUUGUGGAUUUUUUCCUCUUUCAAGAUGUACUUUCUAUCAAUUGCAGUUCUGAUACAUUAUAUAUUUUUGUAUAUAUACAGUAUAUAUAUAAAAAAGAUUGUUUUCCGAAACGUUUUUAUGACCAAUGUUAUUGAACAAAAUUAUAAAAAAUUAGUGUAAAGGA